AUGUCUUUCUCCACGCAUUCCUUAAAGUCUGCGUUACUCGUCUCUUCCUUCAACAACACCAAGAAUACGAACAACAAACGACUUCUCGUCGCGAAGAAGAAGAAAAGCAUCCCCAACGCAACCGCAUCAUCAUCAUCAUCAUCAUCAUCAUCACCUUCUUCGUCGUCUUUUAACAUCAACAACAUCAACAAGAACAUCAACGCGAACAACAGAAGAAGUAGUAACAAUAAUCGCUUAAAUAAAAAGUUCGUUCCAAUGGCUGGAAAAGUUGGUCCGUCUGGUGAGGUGAAAAAAGUCGUCCUCGCGUACUCUGGUGGGUUAGACACCUCCAUCAUUCUCAAGUGGUUGCAAGACACGUACGGGUGCGAAGUCGUGACGUUCACCGCGGAUUUAGGCCAAGGCGAAGAACUCGGUCCGGCGAAAGUGAAGGCGUUGAAAAUGGGCGUCAAGGAAGAAAAUAUCUUCAUCGUUGACGUUCGCGAGGAGUUCGUGAAAGAGUACGUCUUUCCGAUGUUUCGAGCGAAUGCGAUUUACGAAGGGACGUACUUAUUGGGCACGUCCAUCGCGAGACCGUUGAUUUCGAAGAAACAAAUCGAGAUUGCGAAUCAAGUCGGCGCGGACGCCGUGUGCCAUGGAGCCACGGGGAAAGGGAACGAUCAAGUCAGGUUUGAAAUCGGCUAUUACGCGUUAAAACCAGACGUGAAAGUGAUCGCGCCUUGGAGAGAGUGGGAUUUAGAUUCCAGAACGAAGUUGUUGGCGUACGCGGACAAAAACGGGAUUCCGGUCGCCGCGUCGAAGAGGCAAGAGCAACCGUACUCGACCGAUGCUAACUUGUUACACAUUUCUUACGAAGGGAACGCGUUGGAAGAUCCGUGGGAGGAGUAUUUGGAAGAUAUGUUUACGAGAUCGGUAAGCCCAGAAAACGCGCCGAACGAACCGACGUACAUCGAGUUGGAGUUCGAGAAAGGGGACCCUGUGGCGUUGAACGGGGAGAGGUUAUCGCCAGCUGAAAUGUUGACGGCGUUGAAUAAGCUCGGAGGAGAUAACGGCAUUGGUAGAUUAGACAUUGUCGAGAGCAGAUACGUUGGGAUGAAGUCGAGAGGUGUGUACGAAACGCCCGGCGGCACCGUUUUGUUAGCCAUGAGAAGAGAUUUGGAAUCCAUUUGCUUGGACCGAGGGGAAAUGCAUUACAAGGACGAGAUUAUGCCAAAAUACGCGGAGUUGCUUUACAACGGCAUGUGGUUUUCGCCGGAAAGAGAAAUGAUGCAAAAAAGCAUCGAUCAAGCCGCGCAACACGUCAACGGUACGGUCAGAGCAAAGCUGUACAAAGGCAAUGUCAUGUGCGUCGGACGAAAAUCGCCCACCUCUUUGUACGACGUCAACUUAUCCACGUUCGAAGAGGACGGCGGCGCGUACGACCAAAAAGAUGCCGCCGGCUUUAUCAAGUUGAACGCGCUGCGUUUGAGAACGUUGAAGAGAAGACGCACGGACGCCGGCAAGUAA